CAGCUGUGAUUUGGUCGCUAAUGAGUGCCCAUUGAGGUAUAUAACUCAUACUUUUCAAUAUUUUUUUCAUUGUAUUAAUUAACAGAAAAGACUAUUAUUUCGAUGAAAAAAAAAACUGGAAAACAAUCGUACACGAAUGCAUCAGUUUUAUACGGUAUUCAAAAAACCAAAAAAAAUAUUUUAUUUUAUUUAUUAAAGUAAGUACCUGACAAAAAAUUAUCCAAAAUACAAACGCAAUUUUAAAUAAUCAAAAGAGCGAAUAUUUUUUUAUCGCUUGAAAUAUCUACCGACUCAACCGUCAAUAUGUUUUUUUUUUUUUUAUAUUUUUCUGCUUUUGGUUUUUUCAUAUUUUCGCAAAAUUAAGAGAGCGUAAGAAACUACAGCAAAUAAAUUUUUUUUUAAAUAAAUUGCAUUAGAGAAUAUUCAACCCUUCUUCUUUUUUUUUUAAUUCUACUAUCAACCCUUUUUUUAACGCUAAAAGCGUAUAACUUUGUCAAUGUAUAAGAGCUCUAAUAAACGAAUUCAAGCCUUCUAAAAUCUUGAAUGAAAAGACUCAUAACAUGCAAAUAUAUUAUUUUAUUUUUUGUUGUAUUAUAUUCUACAUCUUCAAGUUGAAAAGUAUUAUAUACAAUACCCGAGUAUGAUUACUUUUUUAAUUAAAAAUGAUCUAUUAUUCUUCUAAAAUGUAUGAAAUUGAAAAAAUAAUGAGUAUAAAGAAAUCAAAAAUCAUUUCGAGUCACAAGCCAAUUUAUUUAAUAUCACACUGAUCGUAAAUUGUUCAAAGAUUAAAUUUUUAUGACUGUGCAUAUACCAGUUGAGUCAAGCUGUUGCAAAAAGACCUGGCUUUGAGUGAAGUAAACUUGAAUAAAAAAUUCUGAAGAUUAAAAAAUAAAAUAUUAAUAAAAAUUAUGUGAAAAUUGUUAAUUUUAAGUUUUUAAAUUAAAAAAAAACACCAACUAAUUAAAUAUGUUGAUAAUACAUUUUAAAAGAAUUACAUCUGAAUGGAUCUUAUUACUAUUUAUUCAAGCUGUCCUAUCAGCAGAAAUUCCAUCAUCUGUAAAAUCACAAUCAAUGGUAUCACCAUACAAUUAUGAAAACGUUAGUGCAUGGGGUAACCUGUUUCCAACGUGCAUGGGACAACAACAAUCACCAAUUGCACUUAAUAAAGAUACAAUUUUUUAUACCGAAAGAACACCAUUACGAUGGAUUGGAUAUGACAAUCAACCGACUGAAAUGACAUUGGGAAAUAAUGGUCAUACAGUUAAACUCAUUGGUAAAUGGAAAAAUGGUAACGUACCAUAUAUAUCUGGUGGACCACUUUUAGAUGAUUAUGUAUUUGGUCAAAUACAUUUUCAUUGGGGACCAAAUGAUACAUAUGGAGCUGAGCAUACAAUGCAUGGUUUUACAUUUCCCCUUGAAAUGCACAUGGUACAUUACAAAAGACCCUAUGGAUCAAUUGGUAAUGCAUUGAAACAUGUCGAUGGUCUUGCUGUUGUUGGAAUUUUAUUUACGAUUACAAAUCAAACUGUUGUAACAACAUUGGAUCCAGUUACAGAUUAUCUUACUUAUGUUUCAAAACCACAUACAGUAUCUAACAUAGCACCCUUCAGACUUUCAAUUCUUGGAGGUAUAUAUUCUCCAAUGGCAUUCAUGUCAUAUUCUGGUUCUCUUACAACACCACCAUGCAAUGAAGUUGUCAUUUGGAUUGUGCCAAUAUAUGCUUGGCCAGCAACAUCAAAACAGCUUUCUCAAUUAAGAUCUCUUCAACUGCAAACUCAUACCCGCUACAAUAAUCGACCUUUACAACCCUUAAAUGGUCGACAUGUAUAUUUUUAUAAAACCUAACUAUACAUAUAUACAAAGUAUCUAUAAAAUAUUUAAAAUACAGACAUGUUUAUACGUUUUUUCUUGAAAAAUAAAGAAAACACAAUAUGUAUACUUGUGGUUUUAUUGUUUACUGGUAUACGUAUGAAAAGUACGUGACUUGGUACCAUUCAUUUUAUCAUUCAAAUAUUAAUUCGUAGUCAAGAAAAUAUAGUACAAAAGAAACUCAACUGCUUACAAGACUUGAAGGUAUAUAAAGUCACGCAAUACUAAAUUUUUAAAUUGUUGAUAAAUAGUGAUGAUUGUAAAAUUUUUAAAAAUAAAAAAAAAAAACCAA